AUGUCUGAGAAAAAAUCAUAUAACGUUGUAAAUAUAUGCUACACUGUUUUAUCAACCCCCAACAUUUCUAAUGUGGGUUCGAUUUUAAAUGUAGUUUUCUCAGACAGCCCGGUUCCAAGCUCCAUAUUUGGAGCAGUAUCCCACCCCGGUUCCGGAACAUUUAUUGCAGAUUUAACUUCAGCAACAGCUCAUAUUCUGACAGCUUCCUUAACACAGGCAUCUCGAGCUGCAUAUAGGCGGUCUUGGGACCUAUUCCUGAAUUACAAACCAGUUACUAACUUACCUUUGCAAGUCUCUGAUGUAUGCAACUUCAUUGGACAUUUAUUUCAAUCCAAUUUGAGUGCAAGCACUAUAUCAUCACACAUAUCUGCUCUGGGCUAUGUCCUCAAAUUGUUCAAUUUGCCAGAUCCUUCUCAAGCCUUUGUAGUAAAGAAACUUCUGCGUGGUUGUCACAAAUUGGCAGGGACUGUAGACUCAAGGCUACCGAUAACGAAAGAUAUUUUAGCAAAACUUAUUGCGGCUUUGUCUCAUACGGUUGCAGCAAAAGCCAACUGCAUAUUAUUAGAUGUUCUGUUUAAAUUAUGUUUUCAUGCAUUCCUUCGCCUUGGGGAAGUGGUUUCAAAAUCUGCAGGAAGUAGCAGUUUGGUGGUGCAGCGGUCAAAUGUCGCCUUUCAAUUUGAGGGUUCUUUACUGAAAUCAGUGCAGAUAGUUCUACAUCAUUUCAAAAAUCAGAAACAUAACAAUCCUUUUGUCAUUACACUUGAGAGCAGCAUAGAUCCAACAAUGUGCCCUGUGGCAGCUCUGCAUCGCUAUUUAUCACAUUUCAAGCAUUCUUCGGGACCCUUAUUCCAGUUCAUAGGGGGAAACCCUGUUACAUAUUCUUAUGUCUCCACUCAACUCUAUGCCGCUGCAACCUUUGCUGGUCUGAACCCAAAGUUGUACAAAGGUCAUAGUUUUAGAAUAGGUUCUGCUACAUAUGCCACAAGUCUGGGUUAUUCUGAGAAUCUGAUCAAACAAUUAGGCAGAUGGAACUCUAAUGCCUUUCGUCGCUACAUAAGAAUACCUGCUUUCAACCUUUAACUUAUUUUCUACCCCAUCCUCUGAUAUUUUUUUUUUACUUGGUAGUCAGGGCGCAUUCAGGUUCAGCAACAACCUUUGGCAGGUCAGUGUCUAACUGCUGCUAAGGACUGUAUCAAUUGACUGUUAUAUCAAUUUUAAGACUUCGAGCAGGUCAGUGUUUAACUGCUGCAAAAAGUUUGGUACUAUGUAAAUAUUUAAACAAAAUAGGUUUUUUGCAAGUUGGUAUCUGUUAUAUUUUCUUUGUAGUAAUUCUUUUUUGCAAGUUGUAGAGAAUUUUUUUUUGUUUUAUAUGCUACACAUUGGUACUGUAUACAUUGCUAUAUGUGGUUGGUGCAAUAUACCUUACUGACUCACUUAGUUACGCUAUCCUUUUAUACACAGAUAUGUCCAAAGUAUGUCUUGUUAUAUACAAGAUCCUUUAUGUUAUAGCACAGGAAUGUGUCAACUUUGGUAACCAUAUACACUGUUAAUUGCAAUCGGGUCAGUAUUUAACUGUUCAUGUGUGAUAAAUGUUUAUUAACUCUCCACAGUCAAACUAGUUAAUUCUCUCUGCUCACCUUGGAUGGCGCCGAUAUGAUACUGUGUUUCAUAUCUUGUGGCCUUAUUUGUUCGCCAUCUUUUUGCUCUGGGUUUGUUUUGAUGAAUUUUUAUUUUGUCAUCUUAUAGCGUAGCAUUAUUUAAGUUAUUUUGUCUUCUUUGGGGGAAAUCAGACUUUGAGUAAUUUAGCUUUGCAGGUACUUUCAUGUAGAGUGUAUUAUCUGAUUUCCCCCAAAAUCUUAUGUUGAAGAUUUCUUUCGUCAUUUGGUAUUGUAAUAAAUGACAAAUUUUCAAUCUCAAUCAUUCUUUGUUCAGAUUUUUUAUGACAGCAAAAAAACGAGCUACGGUGAGCAGAGUUUGGGUAAUAGAAGCUGAUAAACAUAAAUAUAUUCACCGUCGCAAACCACGCCUAAUGUACAUACGUACGGUACUCCCGGACUUAGUAAGCGUGACUAGCGCGGAUGCA